AUGUCCAUCGUCAUUUCCUUUGAUUAUGGCGACUACGCCGACGUGCUGAACAACUCGCACGGUGGCACGAAUGGGUCUCCGUUUGUGGUGGAUCCUGACACGCUGUCAUGUGAGGCGCGGCCGGCGUUGGAGCAGGUGAGCGCGGCGGUGUUGUGUGUGCUCCUGGCCGCCAUCUUCCUGCUGGCCGUGCCCGGCAACCUACUAGUGGCACUUGUGAUGGCACGCAGCUGGCGCUCGCUGACAGCGUCCGAUGUUUACCUCUUUCACCUGACGGCGGCGGACGGCUUGAUGGCGCUGAGCAUCCCCUUCUGGGCGGCGGCGCUCAAACACGGAUGGAUCUUCGGCGACGGUGCCUGCAAGGCGCUCAGCCUCAUCUUCGAGGCCAACGUCUACGCCGCUAUCCUUUUCCUGGCCUGCAUCAGCGUGGACCGCUACCUAGCCAUCGUGCGCACUGACCGGCCGCGGAAGAGUUGCAGCCGGCUGGUCUGUGGUGCUGUGUGGGCGCUGGGCGCCGCGCUGGCACUCCCAGCACUCUUUAAUGAUGCCGUGAGGCCCGACCCCGACUCUGAGCGAAUGGCUUGCGUGGAGACCUUUGACUUGGGCAGUGCCGCCGCAUGGCGCUUGGCUACGCGAGGCUUGCGCCACAUCCUGGGCUUUGCGCUGCCGCUGGGCAUCAUGCUGGCGUGCUACGGCGCCACGGUGGUGCGCCUACUGCGCACACGGGGCUUCCACAAGCACCGUGCCAUGCGGGUCAUUGCGGCCGUGGUGGUGGCCUUCCUCUUCUGCUGGACGCCGUACCACGUGGCCAUGGUGGCCGACACGCUGCUUAGGGCCGAGCUGAUCCCCUUCGACUGUGCAUCGCGGCACUCUGUCAGCGUGGCCCUGACGUUCACAAACGGGCUGGCGCUGCUGCACUGUGGCGUCAACCCGCUGCUCUACGCCUUCGUGGGAGAGAAGUUCCGCAAGAACGCCAAAGCGCUCCUUGGCGGGAAGACGCGAGGGGAGUGGUCCUCUGUCUUCAGCAGGUCCACGUCGCAGACUUCCGAGGGGCGCAGCGCUGUGGCCUGA